AUGUGCGAAGAUAUUUGUAAAAAGAAAGAUAACUAUUUUGUUAAAAGGUAUGCUAUUACCAACGAUACAGUGACCACUCCGCUAUCCUCAAACAACACAGAUAUUACCGUAACUGAGAGCACCACAAUCAUGCCAGUGUCUUCAGCCCAAUACUCCCUUUUAUCCGCAUCAACGAGCAGUUAUCAGACGUCAAGCAUGGUGACACCUACAGCGACAUCGCAAGACGAGUCAUUUCUUGUAGCGCAGUACACCCAGGAUUACGUUGUUACAGCAGAAGAGACCACUUUCACAGUAGGAAUAAGAAUGACAACCACAGUGCUCGGUUCUCAGACCGUAACUGCGGAACCGAAAACGACCGAUUUGCCUUACUUCAAAUCCGUGUUGUCCAGUCAAUUAGAAUCACAGGGCAUGGACCCUGACUCUUAUUAUCGGGUCUCAAAAGGUAGUUCCUUCGGAAGGGGCCAGAUUGUAGGGGUCUCCAUAGGUAGUUUUUUUGGUGUCCUUUUGGUACUACUGGCCCUUUUCUUGCUAUAUCGAAGGCGGAAAAAGAAGAUUCAUUUGUUCCCACUUCCAGAUUUCGAAAAAGGAUAUGUUCCACCAAGUCUACCCAACGAAAACUCUCCCAUAGUUCCAAACAGAGGAUCCAAGCCCUUUUUAUUUUCUGAAGAAUCAACUGUACCUGAGACGACGGAGGAGAGAGAGGUCUCUACCACCGGCAACCAGGACGAUGAGUUGGGUGGACUAAGAUUUGGGAUUCUGGCAAACCAGGACAUGUCAAAUAGUCCACCCUUGUCACCGAAAGCAACCCAAGAAGGAUCCCGCCAUUAUUUGGGGUCUCCUGUUCCUGAAAGUUUAAACGCUUCUGUGGACAGGACCAUUAACGUUGUCUUUGAAGAAGGUUCAAGUCUUGAAGAGGAACCUGUGCUCAGUGAGAAGGGACAAAACACCAUAGAUAAGCAAAUUCGAACUCCUUCUCGCUAUGCAAACGUUGGAUUAGACAGAGAAAGGCUCAAGUCCAUGUCUUCACCACCUCCGGUCCCGAGACCACGUAAGAAUAUACAUUUAGGCCAAGAGAGCAACCAAGACGACAAUGACCAAGAAGUUCACGAUACUUUACAGUUUAACACCCGACGGGUGCUAGAAGAAGAAGAGCUUAGCAUCGGAUCAUUUGAGAGCUCUUUGCUCAGUCUCAGCGAUUCACAGAGUGAUUGA